AUGAAGCCAGAAAUUCUUACUAAUUUAGAAUAAAUUCAAUAUCUUUAAUGGAUUGGUGAAAGUUAAUCAAAUUGUAAAAAGUUAGGAAAAUGGACAGCGGCUUGGAGGGGCGAAAAAAUUAUUGAUGUUGGUGGAUUGUACUUAGAGAAUGGAAAAAAAUAGGGUUUUUGGAAAGAAAUUAUACAAAAUUUUUAGAAGUAAAUUCGAUUGAAUUAUAUGAUUAGAGAAGCUUAAGUGUUUUAAUAAGGAGAAUAUAUUCAUGAGUAAAGAAAGGGAACUUGGAAAUACAUUUAUAAAAAUAAAGAGAUGUAUUAUUUUUAUUUAUUAACGAAAGAGGUGGAGGUGAAUAUAAUUAAUUAGGUGAAAAAAAUGGUAAAUGGUUGGAGUUGUGGGCAGGAUUUUGGGAAUAAUCUUAAGUAUUUUAUUGUGGUGAAUAUUAAAAUGGAAAAAAAGUUGGUGUAUGGGACAUUUUUUAUAAUUUUGAUGGAAAAAAUAUUAAGAUGUAAAUAUAUAUUGUGAAAUUUAUUAAUGCAUAACUGAGUUUUUAGUGGUGGCGGAUGUUAUGAUAACUUACGAAAUGGGAUUAAAUUUGGUAAUUGGGUGGAAAUAUCAAAUGGAUUUUAUUACGAUUCUUAAGUAACCUAUAAUGGAACAUAUAAAAAAGGUAAAAAAUUAGGUCAAUGGGAUAUUUCAUAUGCAAAUAAAAAGAUGUAUAAGAACAUUCUUAAAUUUAAUAAUGUUUGUGAUUAGUGGAGGCGGAUAUUACGAUGAAGUAGGUGAUGAGACUAAGGUUGGUUAAUGGGUAGAAAUAUCAGAUGGAUUUUUCGGUAGUUCCUAAGUAACUUUCACAGGAGAAUAUAAAAGUGGUAAGAAAAUUGGUAAAUGGGAUACUUGGUUUGAAUAUAUAGGAAAUGAAAUUAUGUAAGUUAUUAUAUAAUUUAUUUUUUGUUUUAGUGGUGGCGGAUGUUAUUCUGAUGCAGGUGAUGGAAUUAAGUUCGGCAAUUGGGUGGAAAUAUCUGAAGGAUUUUAUCUAGAUUCUAAGGUCACAUAUAUUGGACAAUAUAAAAAUGGCAAAAAAUUUAGUAGAUGGGAUAUUUGGUAUAAGAAAAAUUAUGGAGAUCAAAAAAAUGAAAUGAUGUAUCUUUAUAAUAUGUAAACGAGCUUAUUUAUAGAGGGGGAGGAUAUUAUGAUGAUGAAGGUUGUGGUAUUAAGUUGGGUAAUUGGGUGGAAAUAUCAGAGGAAUUUUUUAGCUCUUCUCAAGUAAAGCAUAGUGGAGUAUAUAAAAAUGAUAAGAAAAUUGGUAGUUGGGAUAUUUUAUACCGGGAGAAUUAUGGAGAUUAUAAUCAAAAGAUGUAUGUUCCUAUUAUGUAAAUGAGCACAUGUUUAGUGGUGGAGGGUGUUAUGAUGAAGUAGGUGAUGGAAUUAAGUAGGGUCAUUGGGUGGAAAUAUCUGAUAGAUUUUCUCUAGAUUCUUAAGUUACUUAUGUUGGAGAAUAUUAAAAUGGGAAAAAAAUAGGUAGAUGGGAUACUUGGUAUAAGAAAAAUUAUGGAGAUUAUAAUAAUAAUAAGAUGUAUCUUCAUAUUAUGUAAUUGAGCGUAUACUUAGAGGGGGAGGAUAUUAUGAUGAAGGAGGUCAUGGAAUAAAGCUGGGUAAUUGGGUGGAAAUAUCUGAUGGAUUUAAUCGUCUUUCCUAAAUAAUGUAAAAUGGAGAGUAUAAAAAUGGUAAAAAAGUAGGUAGAUGGGAUAUUUUUUAUAAGAAGAAUUUUGGAGAUUAUAAUGAAAAGAUGUAUGAUUCUAUUCUGUAAAUGAGUAUUUGUUUAGAGGUGGCGGGUGUUAUGAUGAAAUAGGUGAUGGAAUUAAGUAGGGUUAUUGGAUGGAAAUAUCUGAUAGAUUUUAUCUAGAUUCUUAAGUUACUUAUGUUGGAGAAUAUAAAAAUGGGAAAAAAAUUAGUAGAUGGGAUAUUUUUUAUUAGGAAAAGAGUGGAAAUAAUACAAAGAUGUAACAAUAUAUAUUAGUUUUCAUUUUUAUUUGUAAGUUUAGUGGCGGUGGAUAUUUUGAUGAUAAAGGUGAUGGGACUAAAUAGGGUUAUUGGGUGGAAAUACCAGAUUCAUUUGAUCAUAAUUCUUAAAUAACAUUUAACGGAUAAUAUAAAAAUGAUAAAAAAGUUGGUUUAUGGGUGGAAAUGAAGAAGAAUUAGAGAAAGAAUUUUAAAAAAAUUAAAGAAAUGAAAUAUGAUAUUUGA